ACAGAGAGCGGUAGAGCACUGUCAUCUCUUAUGAUGCUCUGCAGCUCAGCUCUGUGAACAUUUAGAACUUCGUCUCUAAGGUGUCCAACAAAAUGUAGACCGACGUUCACAGAGAUGUGUUGAGGGUCAUCAGCUUUGCGAGUCAGUGGAGCAGAGGAGAAACAAAGUUGGGAGGAUCCUGAGUUGAACAUGGUGGCAAGGUUUCCUGAGACAAUUUGUGAGAUCCUAAAGUGGGAAAAAGCUGAUGGCGGACAGGAGGUCAGGGCAACAUGAACAUCUGCAUCCCUCUCUCUGGUCACAGACCAUGAACAUCGUGGGCCAGCUAGCAGAGACCGUGUUUGUGACAGUGAAGGAGCUGUACCGUGGCCUGAACCCCGCCACCCUCACCGGAGGGAUCGAUGUCAUCGUGGUGCGGCAGCCUGAUGGGUCUUUCCAGUGUUCCCCCUUUCACGUCCGCUUUGGAAAACUUGGCGUGCUGCGCUCCAAAGAGAAAAUUGUCGACAUCGAGAUAAACGGAGAAUCAGUCGACCUGCAUAUGAAGCUUGGACACAAUGGCGAGGCGUUCUUUGUGGAGGAAAAUGAAAAUAUGCAGGUCCCAGCCUAUCUGUGCACCUCCCCAAUUCCCCAGGAGGUCCCAGAGGAGUUGGAUCUGACCGUGGAUGGGUCCGGAGCCCGCAGGAAGAAACGACGGAGGAAGCGCGUGCGUUCUGACAGUCACCUGAGAGAAGAAGUGAGCUCCUCGUCUGAAGAAAGAGACAGAGAGAAGGAGGGUGAGGGAGAAGCUGAUGCUGCUCAGUGGGACAGUCCCGCGUCUGAGGAGCUGUCUGCACCACUGCAAGCCAGUAAAUCGGUGUACUACUCAAUGUCUGAGGAGCCAAAUGGGGAACUUUGGGCCAGGCAGAACAGAGACACUCAUCCACAUUCAGAUGGAGAGCAAUCACCCUUAGAAAAUGUUUUCUCCAGUCGCCCAGAUUCUCCUAAAAGCGACUCUGAGCUUCUGGUUAAAACCCAGGAUCUGUCUGGGCCUCAGAUGGAGUGGAACUGGGGAGGGUUUCCCACGCCCUGUCAUCCAGAGAAGACACCAGCAGAGCUGCAGGCCACCUCUCCCUCCAGCACUUCUCAUUUCCGCACCAUUGAGAGACAGGACUCCUUUGACAUGGGCUAUGAGGCUGUGAUCAGCUGUGGAAGGCUAGGCGGCGUAACUGUUGUGAAGCCACAGCCGAGGACACACUCUCUUGAUUUAGAUGGCUGCUCUACGCAAACCAGUCCUCUUUCUCUGGAGAAAAAAGCUCAUGACGCACUUUCCUCCCACAGCGACCUCUUCAUAUCGUGUGUUUCUUCAGAGGAUUUAGAUUCAACACGAUCAAUUGAAUGCACACUGGAAGAGCGGGAGGAAAGAAUCUUGUCUACGGAGUCAGUUGGCAUUUAUGUCAACAUAGGCCAAGAAAAAGCUGAACAAGUUAGCUCUGUGGCUGAAACAGUUACUAAAAAUUUAACUGCGACAACAAAAGAAAUCGAUGCCCACACAGUCUCGGAAACAAACCAGUUUAGUCAAGAACCAAAAGAUCUGCAACACCAAGGUGUCUCAUCUGAGCAGAGUGAACUGGGUUUUAUCCAUUCUGUUCCUGUCAGUGUCAGGGAGAGUAGAAUAGUUCCCUGCGCUCAUGGAGGAGAUGAGGAUAGCGCACUCGGAGCAACUGAGGGAUCAGCAGGAAGCUCAGCUCCAGCGACCACUCUAUCACAAGCACAAGACACGGACCCUAGGAUCAACUUGGCAAAGUCCUCUGAAGCAUCCAAACAAGAACAACAAGACAAGAGAAAAGGUAAACGAAAUCAUCUAGGCCCCACGGAUAUUUACCUGGAUGACCUGACCACUCUGGACCCAGAGGUGGCGGCGCUUUAUUUCCCCAAAACGGAGCCGGAGGGAGCGUUUACCCAGUAUGCAGAACAGGGCUCCGGCUCAGGUAGCCAGUCGCCUCAGUCAGUGAGCAGUGGAGCACUGGACAGCGGCACAGAGUAUCUGUCUGAUUCUACAUCAUACAUCAUGGAUGUUAGUAUGUCCCUCUGUGGGCAAGAAGGAGACGCCAGCCAAAUUACCAAAGAAAAGUUCACAAAGCACCUUGUGACAUUUCAGGAUUUUGCCAACAAUCCAGGAAUCAUUGAGGACCCAAGUCUAGUCAUCUGCAUAAAUUCAAACUAUUACAACUGGGCAGUGGCUGCUCCGAUGAUUCUGUGCAUGACAGCAUUUCAAAAAAACCUACCAAAGAGUACAAUAGAGCGGCUGGUGAAGGACAAGAUGUCCAAAAAGUCUGGUCGCUGGUGGUUCUCAUGGAGACGGAGAGAUAUGGACAACAACCAAGUAGCUGUUCAGCAAAAACAAUCAAAGGAGAAGCAAGAGGAGCCCCUGGCAAGUGUUUCCUCCACAGUUCAAGCGACACUGGAUGACAUUGACAAUGAUGAAGCUGCAGGGCUUGGACGAAAAGCUGUCAUUUCUUCUAGUCUUUCUACAGAAACCAUAAAUGUGGCUCAUUCCAUCAGUCAGAUGUACCACAAAUCACUACGUCUCACUUCUAAGCAGAUAGAGAGUCUAAAUCUGCAUGAGGGAGCCAAUAAAGUGGUGUUCAGUGUGACUACACAAUAUCAGGGCACCUGUCGAUGUGAAGCUGCUAUCUACCUGUGGAAAUGGGAUGAUCGUGUGAUCAUAUCAGACAUUGAUGGAACAAUCACCAAGUCUGAUGCUCUAGGUCACAUCCUGCCUCAGUUUGGAAAAGACUGGACACAUAAAGGGAUUGCCAAACUUUAUCAUAAAAUACACCAAAAUGGAUACAAGUUCUUGUACUGUUCAGCAAGGGCUAUCGGCAUGGCCGCUAUCACUAAAGACUACUUACAGUGGGUCAACGACCAAGGCACUGUCCUUCCUAAAGGCCCCGUGUUGCUGGCUCCCAGCAGCCUCUUUUCAGCCCUACACAGGGAGGUGAUUGAGAAGAAGCCAGAGGUGUUUAAGAUCGCCUGUCUUGGUGACAUCAGGGACUUGUUCAGGCCACACAGACAACCUUUCUACGCAGCCUUCGGCAACAGGACUAAUGAUGCAUAUGCCUAUAAGCAGGUUGGAGUGUCUGAGGCUAGAAUAUUCACAGUUAACCCUAAAGGAGAGCUUACCCAAGAGAUGACUAAAGGCAACAAGUCUUCGUAUAACCACCUGAGUGGGUUGGUUGAGCAUUUCUUCCCCAUGCUCACUUCUGAGGGCAGCAGCUCUUCUCUUCUGGAGUGUCCUGACUACAGCAGCUUCUCUUACUGGAAGGAGCCUCUACCAAAACUGGACAUGGACGUGCUGCUGUAGACCAACUUCCUACAUCUGUCAUAACCAUAUAUGCACACUAAAUACACUAAAUAUAUAUGCGUCAAUGACAAUUGACUUCAAUAAGAACAUAAAGAGGUGGCUGUUGAUUUUAUACUGCACUCAAAUGUAGAUCCUAAUUCAAUUAUUCAAGUCGGAGCAACUCAAUAAUUAAUAUCUUGUACAUUAGGAGUUUUUUAAGCCUUUUUUAUUCUAUGUUUUUUAAAUAAUCUAUAGGUCUUAUUAAACAUGGCACAGAGAAAAACUCAACACUAAAAAACACACCAAAUGAUGCCUAAAUUAUAGACUCCUAAUUAUUUUGUGCCUUACUUUAAGUUGGUGGCGAUGUGAUCACCUAAAAUGAUUACAUCUGGUGUGUGUGUUUGAGACCGAGAGAAAUCCUGUAUUGCAAAGCAUGUGACGUUUUAUAGCUGAUUUUACCAAGAAACUAAAACAGUUUAAAUAUGCAUUUAAAACUCAGCUAGAAGAUCUGUUUGAUCUUGUUGAGUUUAUGAGUCAGUUUAUGAUUAUCUGUCACAGCUUUGAGUUUGCACUUCACUCAGGUCAAUAAAAUUCUUUUGAGUUGGAAUAAAAGCUAGAUUUGAUAAAUGAUUCAAGACUAAAGGAGUCACAUUAGGAUUAUAUGAUAUGUGGAAGGAUCAAUCAAGCUGAUCACUGAUGCUAGGCCAAGCAUAUUGUUUAAUGCCAAGUUUAUAGUAGCUGUACACUACACUGAUGAGCAUCAGAUUUAAGACUGACAGUGAGUGUUGCAUUGCAGAUGUGAAUGUGGAUUGUAGCUGUGGAUAAGUAACAGUGAUGCUGGUAUACUGUAUAUUUAUUAUUUUUGUAUGUUUUAACGUCCAGCUGAUCUAAAGUUGAGCGGCUUUUCUGUAAACCAAAUUGACAGAAAUAUAAAGGAAUUUAAAGCAAUGUUUGUGGUUAUAUAGUUAUAGCUAUUGCUUCAUUGUUUUUAGUAUAUAUAUAUACAUUUUAUUUGCAAUAAAGGUGAUUAUUAACAUGUUUUGCUGCCAAUAAUAGUUUACAAAUGUUUUCCAUCUUGACAUUGUUUGAUUGAAGUAGAGAAAGCAUUCUUGCUGUAAUUGUGUUUUUUUAAGCAAUCAUUGCAAAUAGGCAAGGCCAAAAGAAUUUAUUCCGCUUUAUUGUUGUUCCAUCUUUGUUCAACAAUAAACAUUUCAUUAGUU